AUGGUCCCCAUCAGUGGGAAUGGCAGAUCCGAUCUCGAAGGAACUGUUAUCGAGAGUACUCCUCCCAGCCAUCUUGCUUUCACUUGGACUGUCCCGGGGGAAAAGCGUCCUUAUGGGCCUACGGCAGUCAAGAUGGCUUUCUUCGGUCAUGAAAGUCUGGUCCGGCUUACAUUGGUCCAUGAUAAUUUUGCUGAUGAGCGAGAGCGGGAUCUCACUGCGGAGGGAUGGGCGGCGGUUUUGUCUAAUCUCAAGACGUACCUUGAGACGGGUCGGCCUCUUCUGGAAGCGCCAUGGCGUGUACCUAAGUCUUGA